AAAUGCUUGAAUUAGAAAAUUCAAGUGAAAUUAUAUUCCCUAAUGACUAGCUUUCGGGAGAUGCGUUUCGAUGAUUUAUUCAAAAUUAAUUCAUUAGUUUUCGAUGCCCACACCGAGGUUUAUAGCUUGACUUUCUUUGUCAAGCAUUUUCUGGAAUUCCCAGGACUCACACAGAUUGCCGAGGCUCCAGGUCCUGUCCGCAGAGGAAUGGGAUAUAUAUUUGGAUAUCUGGAUAAGCAUAAUAAAGAGCCCCAUGGUCAUGUGGCGUCAUUGACUGUGUCUGAUGAAUAUCGACGCCUUGGACUGGCCACCGCACUAAUGGAUUACUUUUUUCUCAUAUCGGACCUUAAAGGGGCUUCUUUCGUAAAUCUCUAUAUGCGAUCUAGCAAUCAUGCUGCCUAUCAACUGUAUUGCUCCCUGGGAUAUGCGCAUUGCCGAACUAUGCUGGACUACUAUCCGGAUCACCCGGAACCCGAGAAUGCCUACGAGAUGAGAAAGUACAUACCCCGUUCUAUGGAGGUUCGAUAAGCAGGACUUCCGCGGUGAUACCACCAUGUGUUUUCAGUACAAAUUUUAGUUUAUUUCAGAUUACACAGCUAAUUAAAGAAAUUCAAUUGAGGUGAA